AUGGAUAGUAUGGAGUUUGACCUCAAUUCGCUGCGUGUGGUCGAUCUGAAAAAGAUCCUGCACAAACGCGGCGUGUCCAUACCCAGGAGUGCGCGUAAGGCAGAUCUUAUCGAGCUGCUUAAAGCCCAAACAAGGGCCUCUGAGAGCGAAAAAAAGGAGAAUACGGCGGAGGACAGUGAAGGUAGCGAGGACGAGACCGAGCUAAGCUCUGGCGCAGAGGAGGAGCGCAAAAAGGCGGAUACAGAGCUUUCCAAGCCGGAACAGAAACAAGCCACUGUUCAUGUUUCCAGCUCGAAAAUACCCCCGCCAAAAGUGACCAAGCCGCGGGCCAAGAUCCCCAAGCCGAAGCGUGUCUCGAAUUUGCCGCCUGCGAUAGCCAGUCCUCCUGGCAAGGGAAAGCUCAAGGACCUGGUCGGCCAAAGCAUUCCCCAGAAACGCGGCCUGGAGGACGGUAACGACGAUGCCGACGCUACGGUGCACAAAGAGUACUCCAAGAUUCUGAAGAAACAGACGAAUCACAAGCGUGUUUUUUCUUCCUCGGCACCAACGACGCCUAAUAACUCAACAAUUGUGUCUCCUAAGAAACAGACCGAUAUCAAGGAGGAAUCGAGUCCGCGGGCAGACCAGAUAUCAGGCCUGAAAGACGAGCGCAAUAUUUCGCCUACGGAAGACAAGCAAGAAGAAAGUACUGUGAUUAUCCACGCCAAGAACGAAGUGUCUCAAACACCGCCCCCUGCAGAUACGCACCUCGACGAAUCGUUUGUGGUACCUACUCUGCCCUCUUCGACGCCGAUGGUGUUUAACAGUCCGCGAAAACCAAUCCCUUCGCUCGAUGUCUCCGAUUUUGCUGCGCAGCUCGAAAAACUGUCUGGCCCAACAAAGCCGAUUUCCCUGGAUAAAUCAGAGGAAAAGAAGUUGUCAAGGCCGCAGUCGCCAGACAGCACCAAUGACGAGGAGAUGCUGACCCAGUUGCAACACGAAAUUGAUGUCACUCAAGAGCAGAUAGAGGAGAAAUCAAAGCAGGCUCUCAAAUCGAUCGGGGCAGCUCCGCCAUCGAAUCUCAUCUACAGACUCGUGACUGCUUGGCUUUUGACGCUGAGUCUAAUGUACGCGUUUACGUCGUACCGCGAACAGCGGAUAAGGGUCGGUUUCUGUGGUUCUGAGGUGUACAGUCCGCUGUUUGAGUACGAUAGAAGAGCCCAUCCGAUAAUUUCUCAUUACUUGGACAGGAUCGAAAGCAUAUUCACUCUGUCUUGCGUUCCGUGUCCCGAACACGGACAAUGCUUCCCCUAUUCUAGACUUUACUGCGAUCCCGACUACACCAUCCAUAAGCCGCUAAAGUCGCUAUUUGGAGUGUUACCGACAUACCAGACCUGUGUCCUGGACUCCGUGAAGGUGAAAAAAAUCGACAAGAUGGUCAAAGUCGCAACGGACCUGCUGAAUCGCCGAAACGCCGAGUACAAGUGCGGUAGGGGCGAAGACCACGAGGUUGGAAUGACCAUACCGCAUUUGCAAAAUUACAUUAUCGAGACUUUCGAUCUGAAAGACGACGAUUUCGACUACUUGUGGGAGAAGACGUUUGCCAUUCUCAAACAGCGUCCGGAGCUCGUGACUGGAGAGAAUUUCAUUCGUUCAAAUUCGCUAUCGAAAUUGUCGAUCAAGUGCAGGCUCAUCAGGAUGUUCAUGGACGUGUUUGUCCGCCUCAAAUGGCACUUGCUUGCACUGGUGUUAUUUGCUACCUUGAUAAAAUACGUCAGUGUCAAGUUCACCCAGUACAGGAACAAACGGAUUCUGGUGAACGAUCUCACGACGAAAACCAUCGAAAAGUUACGCAAACAGGCCGAGCUGUAUCGACUAGGCCAGUCGCCGCAGCCUUACAUCGGCAAAAUCCAGCUUCGCGAUUACUAUCUAAUAGACGCAUCCUUGAGCGCAAAACAGAAAACUAAGGUUUGGAACGAGGUCAGCAAGCAUGUGGAGACCAACUCAAACGUGAAAACGUACAUGACGGAGGUGCGAGGCGAGAUGUUCAAAGUUUGGGAGUGGAUAGCCACCAUCUGA